UUUGCUCAAAUUGUAAAUGUCUCUUUUAUCCUGAAGAGCUCCAACAGGAAGUCUGCUCUCAGAGUGAUGGAGGUGACCAUGCUGUCUGAAUGGCUGCUCCCUCAGGUCUCUACUUUGUGUUGAUAUUAACCUGUGACCGUGUAAAGUGUGGAUGAGCUGGUUCAUCUCCCGGGAACCAUGAUGUUCUGGAGCUCAGCAGCUCAGCGGGGAGGUGUGGGACUCCUCCGCCGCUGGUCCCUCACUCUCCCCCGGUGUCCUCUGCACACCUCCCGGUCCUUCUCAGGCUCUGUCCCCGCUGAGUGUCCCGCACACGAGGGGGCGCAGCCGCCCCUGAGGCGGUGGGAUCUGACCGUCAGCCCCUUCGGCUCGGUGCGGGCUCGGCUCUCCUGCAGCGUCUCCAUCCACCCGCUGGACCCGCACACCUUCCCGGAGGCCGACCGAGCCUUCGUCACGGUCCACGGGGCGGAGGGCGAGCAGGAGGUCGGUCUGGAUCACUUACACGUCCGGUACGAUGACCGGAGCCGAGAGCUGCUCAUCUCUGCAGAGAAGGUGAACAGCAGCGUGUCCAUAGAUGUGGCUGCUCCCAUUAAAAGCAAUCUGUUCAUUACUACUGAAGGACGAGGCAACGUGAGUGUAAUGAAAAUGGAGUGUGACAUCUGCAAAGUGCAAACACAGAGAGGAAACUGUUUGCUGAAUUCUGUCAAGGGUCAUCAGGUGGAGGUGCAGUCCAGUGGAGGACAUGUCACAGGUGUGGGCACCAUCCACGGAAAUGUGGACAUCAGGACGCGUGGAGACAGUGCUGUGGAUGUCAAGAAGCUCCAGGGCACCAGGAUGAAUGUCUCAACAGAACACGGGCCUCUGAAGGUCAAAGCCAUCUACGCUGACUCCAGCUGCAUCUCCUCGUGCUCAGGCAGAGUACAGCUGGGGCAUGUGCACGGUGACGCCUCUGUGAAGAACGUGUCUGGAGAUACAGUCAUAGAUGGUUCAAAUAGUUCCCUGGAUGUUUCCUCUCACAGCGGAGGCAUCGAUGUCUAUGUGGGAGAUGGCGGCAGUGCUGAACUCCACAGUGAGGAAGGAGCGGUGUGUGUGCGUGUCCCAUCCUCGCUGAAAGCCGGGGUGGAGCUCUGCGGAGCGGAGGUGGAAAUCCUCCCAGAUGUUGUCCUGGAUGGAGCAGAAAACCACACAGCUCAAGGCCAAACCACAGUUACUGGUUAUCUGAAUGGAGCGUCUCCAGUGGACCGGUGGGUGAAAGCUCGGGCAGACCGAGGAUCUGUCACUCUGAAGACACAGAGCUGGUUUGAGUCGUUGAAGCUGGGGAGCUGAGUUGUGACUGACUUCACACUUACAGACAGAGACCUUUACCUCACUGAUGAACUCUCUGCUCAGGAUAAAACUGUUAAUGAGGAAAUGAUAUCUAUAGUAUUUAACAAAUGUUCUCUAUGUGUUAAAAACCAGUGUACAUACAGUUUCCUGAGGGUGGGGAGUGAACUGUGUAACUUACAACUGGUUUGUUAUUAAUGAUAAAAUAUUAACUUGAA